UGCUCUGCUAAAAGUGAGAAUCUGCCCUGGGACUGACAGAAUUAGACUUGCACAGGAUUGACAGGUUCCCUGAUCUAUAAUUGAGGGACAUGAGCUGCUCCUGAGGGGGUCAAGUACGGGGGGAGGAAUGCAACACUUUGGGCUACUAGGUGGAGUAAAGAGUGUCUGAGUCCUGGGCGCAGCAGGCAGGAACAUGUUGGUUGUGGCAGGAUGGGGUGAGGCUGUAAGCUACGUAGGGUGAAGCUAGAGCCAGCCGAAGGCGGAGUUACCCAGCAGAGCUCAGUGAAUGUGAUGUGGAGCGAGGUUUGAGGGAAGCCUGUUCUUUCCUCUCUCCUUUCCUGUCCCGCUCACUUCUCUCACUCACACUAUGGAGCCUAACAACCCAAAGAAGAUCCAGUUUGCUGUGCCACCCCACCAAAAGCAACUGGACCCGCAGGCUGCAGAGCAGAUCCGCAGGAGACGACCCACACCAGCCUCCCUGGUGGUGUAUGCCAACCCAGAGGCUGCAGGUAAAGGAUGCCAGUCAGAAUUUUCUCCACAGGAACCCCAAAUGUCAGCUGCUCGUCUGGUGCCGUUAACAUUCCAGGGAAGACGUCUGCUUAAAACUCUGGAAUAUGCUCACUGA